AUGGCCGAGUUGUGCUCAAUGCCAAGGAAUGAAAUUUCAGAUCCAAAUUUCAACUUCAAUGGCCCUACCUUUGUGAAUAAUGGAGAUAUUUUUAUGCUUGGCCGUGGCGAUUCAGAUGGGUCAAAUAUGAACAUUUGGGCAGAUUGGUGGGUAACCCCAGAAAACCAUGGCACUAUCCACUUUCAUCAGGACGUGGAAAACAACGGUGGAAUUUCACAUUUUGGUCGGGCUUCUCAAACUGUCACCAAUGAUGGAACUAUUUGCUUGCACAAAAUGAACAUGUACCAGCAUUCUAAUGUGCAAGGCACAGGUUGUUACACAGUUGGAGAAAAAUCCAUCUUGAUUGAAGAUCUUCCUAGCACUUGGCCACUUUCCUCUGGCCAAACCAUCUACCUUGCCUCCUCGUCUUCAUAUGUUCGCUUUGGGUUGGAGGCUCCAUCUGAAUACAUUAACAUCGCCGGUUGGGGUAACAAGAACAAGAUUGGCUUCUUAGGUAUUGUUUUUUCUGCUACCAUUUCAGGGAGUGUUUUAACUGUUGUUGCUGAUUUCAACACCUUUUAUUUUAAUGUGGGUGAAGGCUAUGAACAGCAACAUAUUAAGAUAGGUGGUGGAGAUACGAUCGGUGGUUUUUCUAUCACGUCAUAUGUGAUGUACAAGCACCCGCCACCUGAUAAUGCUUCUCCCAACAUCAUGUGA